UAGAACUAUUUGAGAUCAGACAGUGCUGGUGGUUUAUGACCAGCAAGUUAAAGGGGACUCACGUAGAAACGAGUUAUUAAUUAUAGCUUGAUUAAUAAACAAUUAAUUAGCCAUGCUGGACCGAAUUGUCUUCACAUCAACUUAAAGGUAAUGUAGAGCUAUUUGAAUCUCGCGAGGAAGACCGUCUGUCUCGCGAGGAGACGCUCCGUGCCGCGCGCAUCUUUCCGCGUGCGCUAACGGCAUACGGACGGAGCUUAGUGGGGGGGAGUCGGCCAUGCGUGGCGCGUGCUACACCAACCGCACUUUCGUGGACGACGACGGGCGCGCAGCGCGAGACGCACCGACACCCAGUGUGAAUUCUGACUGCUCCCAAAUGCUCAGUGGGGUUGUGCUCAAUGUUCAGGGACUGAAGAUGGCCACUGGUGAACAUGAUGUCCCACCCCUCCAGGGUCGUGCCCGCUUCCGAGAACUCUUGCUGGGUGACCAGCCAUGCCAAAGUGAGGACAGGGUACAUGUGGAGUUCUAUGUGGACGAGAACACCUUCAAGGAGAGGCUCAAACUAUACUUUAUUAAAAACCAGCGUUCUAGUCUGCGCAUCCGUAUCUUUAACUUCUGUCUAAAGGUUCUGACGUGUGUGCUUUACAUCAUACGAGUGAUGACCGAUAACCCAGCUCAUCUCCGCAACACAUGUAUGAAAUGCAACAACAUUUCUCAGAAUGAUGAGAUAAACUGGGAGCUAAUCUUGUGGGUGGACAGAAAAACUCCUGUGUGGGCAAUUCAGGUGAUAGUGGCAUCAAUCAGUUUCCUGGAGGCCAUGCUGCUCAUGUACCUCAGCUACAAGGGUAACAUCUGGGAGCAAAUAUUCCAGGUGGCAUUCUUACUGGAAAUGUUAAAUACCGUCCCCUUCAUAAUCACGAUCUUCUGGCCGACUCUGAGGAACCUCUUUAUCCCCGUCUUUCUCAACUGCUGGCUGGCCAAGCAUGCUCUGGAAAACAUGAUCAAUGACUUACACCGAGCCAUCCAGAGGACACACUCUGCCAUGUUUAAUCAGGUCCUGAUACUUAUCUGCACGCUGCUCUGCCUCGUCUUCACUGGCACGUGUGGGAUACAGCAUUUGGAGCGAGCUGGGAGAAACCGCCUCUCUCUCUUUAACGCUCUUUAUUUUUGCAUCGUCACUUUUUCCACUGUGGGUUUUGGUGAUGUGACGCCUCAGAUAUGGCCUUCACAGCUGCUUGUGGUGGUGAUGAUCUGUGUGGCAUUGGUGGUGCUUCCCUUACAGUUUGAAGAACUGAUUUAUCUAUGGAUGGAGAGGCAGAAGUCUGGCGGGAACUACAGCAGACAUCGCGCACAGACAGAGAAACAUGUUGUGCUCUGCGUCAGCUCCCUUAAAAUCGACCUACUCAUGGACUUCCUCAAUGAAUUCUAUGCUCACCCACACACACAGGAUUAUUAUGUGGUGAUCCUGUGCCCAUGUGAGGCUGACAGUCAAGUUAGAAGAGUUCUACAGAUUCCACUCUGGUCUCAGAGAGUCAUAUACCUGCAAGGUUCUGCUCUUAAAAACCAGGACCUCCUUCGAGCCAAGAUGGAUGAUGCAGAGGCUUGUUUUAUUCUCAGCAGCAGGAAUGAAGCGGAUCGAAUGGCUGCAGAUCAUCAAACCAUACUGAGAGCAUGGGCUGUAAAGGAUUUUGCCCCAAACUGCCCCCUCUAUGUCCAGAUCCUUAAACCUGAAAACAAGUUCCACGUCAAAUUUGCGGACCAUGUGGUGUGUGAGGAGGAGUUUAAGUAUGCGUUAUUAGCUCUGAACUGCCUGUGUCCGGCCACGUCCACGCUCGUCACUCUGCUCGUCCACACAUCCCGUGGACGGGAAGGUCAGCAGUCUCCUGAGGAGUGGCAGAGAAUGUACGGCCGCUGUUCUGGGAAUGAAGUCUAUCACAUCCGACUGAGUGACAGCAUGUUCUUCAGAGAGUUUGAGAAGAAGAGUUUUACCUAUGCUGCAUUCCAUGCACACAAAAAGUAUGGUGUGUGUUUGAUAGGAAUAAAGAGAGAAGAUAAUAAAAUCAUCCUGCUGAAUCCCGGUCCCCGUCAUCUAAUGGCUGCUGGAGACACCUGCUACUACAUCAACAUCACUAAGGAGGAAAACUCUGCAUUUACGGUCAGACAGGAAACGCAUCACAGGAAGAAACAUGGAAACAGUAACAUUUUAAACAGCCCCUCUGAGCUCCCUGUGCACAGUAUCAUUGCUAGCAUGGGGACCGUUGCAAUGGACUUUCAGAACACUAGCCCUUCUGGAAACACUGCCAAACUGGCACCACCCUCAGAGAAUGGACCAGAAAGCCGGCGUACCAGCAUUGCACCUGUUCUGGAGGUUGCAGACUCUGCCUCCUUACUGCCAUGUGACCUUCUUAGUGACCAAUCAGAAGAUGAAACUGCACACUCAGAUGAGGAUGUUCCUUCUGUCUCUGAGUGUGUAAAGGGUUAUCCUCCUAACUCACCCUACAUAGGCAGCUCACCAACACUGUGCCACCUCCUGCUCAAUAAAGCCCCGUUCUGCUGCCUGCGCCUUGACCAGGCAUGUGAGCAUGUUAGCUUUGAGGAAGCUAAAGCAUAUGGCUUCAAAAACAAGCUCAUCAUUGUGUCAGCUGAGACGGCAGGAAACGGACUGUACAACUUCAUUGUGCCUCUGAGAGCCUAUUACAGACCCAGAAGAGAACUGAACCCGAUCGUACUGCUACUUGAAAAUCUGCCAGAUGAGCAUUUCUUGGAAGCCAUUUCCUGUUUCCCAAUGGUCUACUACAUGGUUGGAACCAUUGACAACUUGGACAACUUGUUACAGUGUGGGGUGCUGUAUGCUGAUAACCUGGUGGUGGUGGAUAAAGAGAGCACAAUGAGCGCUGAGGAGGAUUACAUGGCUGAUGCUAAAACUAUCGUCAAUGUUCAGACCAUGUUCAGGUUGUUCCCCAGUCUCAGUAUCAUUACUGAGCUGACUCAUCCAUCCAAUAUGCGCUUCAUGCAAUUCAGAGCAAAAGACAGCUACUCGCUGGCUCUGUCCAGACUAGAGAAGAAGGAGCGGGAUAAAGGUUCUAAUCUGGCCUUCAUGUUCCGUUUGCCGUUUGCCGCUGGCCGAGUCUUCAGCAUCAGUAUGCUGGAUACACUCCUCUACCAGUGUUUUGUGAAGGACUACAUGAUCUCGAUUACACGUCUGCUGUUGGGGCUCGACACCACACCCGGAUCAGGAUACCUGUGUGCUAUGCGUGUGCGUGAGUGUGACUUGUGGAUCCGCACAUAUGGAAGACUGUUCCAGAAGCUUUGCUCCACAAGCUCUGAGAUCCCUUUCGGAAUUUAUCGCACUGAGUCCCACAUGUUUUUGUCAUCUAAGUCCCAAUGUUCAGGUAGCGCAGAAGGCUGGGCAGACACCAGGGAGAAGGGGGAGGAGCCAAAAGUGUUGAUGCAUAGUUCUUCAGGAAGUGACCAACCAGAACACUCCCUCUUGAGGCGGAAGAGCAUGUACUGGACAAGGCGCCUGAGUAGGCGAGCCAUGAAGAGGAGCGACUCGAUUUUCUCCAGCCAGACCAAACAUGGCGUGUCCCGACUCUCGGAGAGGGCGGAGUUAACUGAGCUUGUCAGAAACCGUAUGCAGCACCUAGGCCUACACACAGGAUUCAAAGAUGUCACCAUUCUGACAGCCAGUGAUGUCAUGAACAGGGUCAAUUUAGGUUACUUACAAGGUGAGCUGAAUGACCAGCAGAACUCUCUGUCCUAUGUGCUCGUUAAUCCCGGCCCUGACACGCCUCUCCAGCUACAUGACGUCGUGUUCCUGAUUCGGCCUGAUCCACUGGCUCACAUUCCAGACGAGAACACAACUCGGACAAAUCAGAGCUAAACCACAUUUAACCAGCGCCAAUCAAAAACCUAAGACUGCCCUGAAAUGAAGUUUAAGUUUGGGUGUUUCUGUAACUUGCUGAAUCAUAACCAAGUGACACUAAGACAGAACUUCUCGGUCAAACCUGGUCCAACUGCUCAGUUUCCGAUCCUCUUACAUUUUAUUAUGUGAACAUGAAGUCCUCUAGCCAAGCAGCUUUAUGACCUGUUCAGCUGUAUGCAGUAUAAAUAAAAUUUCUUUUAGGCUUUUCAGUAAGCGAAAUCAUGUGUUUGCUCAACACAUUAUUAAUAAUGAUUUAGUAAUAAAAUAAAUGAUCAUUGGUAAUAAUAUGUAUUGAAAGUCAGUGCCAGGAAUGCUUUGUCCAUUUGUUUUUUUGCACAUCCUUAAACUCAUGUCCAGGAAUUUGUUCCAUUUUGUUCAUUUGGCUUAUCUGAAGCUCUAUCACAUCUAUCUUCUCUUUAAUUGACCUGGAGAUUUAGGCCUAUGUGUAGAACUGAUUACCAGUGGAACAUUGUAGGUUAGAAGGUUUCAUUCCAAGAUCUGUCCCAAAACACAGAUUAUAGUUACCCUUAGUACACCACUGUGUGAGGUAGAAAAAUGUGGUAUUUAGUACAGAUGUAUGCUUAGUGCUCUGGAAAAUGGUUGCUUAGUUACAAAAUGUGAUGGAUUUGUAAUGGUAUUACUCUGUACCGCACUGUUUAAUGUAGGAUCACUAACAGAUGUUUCGUUUUUUUAUUUGUAUUUUUUCCUCCCAGUUCUAACAGGAGGAUCAGUUGGACUGCAAAAAAAUCUCAGAAGUUGUGUCUCUGUUUUUGUCAGUCUUUGAUUUUAAUAAAAAGCGUGGUACAUGUUUAAAAGCAGAGAGAUUAUGAAACAGUAUUGUGCCUAUCAAUUAAACCAGAUGUGCCAAAACUACACAUCUUUCGAGAACUGCCAGACUAGGGGACAUGGAAACAAUGCGUUACAUUCAGUGAAUUUGGUUGCUUUGAUAUUUAUCUAUCAGACAUCUUUACUUUGAGGAUAGUCUAGCCUUCUGGGUAAAAACCGAGUAGUGGCACGACACACCACGGAUCUAUUUAACCUUUCCAAAUCCAUUGAUGAAAAUAGUAAACUGGUCUGGAGUUGGAACAUUUUAAAAAUAAUAAUAAUAAUAACCUGGAGAUAUCCAAAUGACUGUGCCUCUAUUUCAGUGUUGCUUUUAAAUCACCCUUGUUGGCAUCACUUAGUGGAAUUAUUGUUACCAAUCAGUUUAACAGCUGUUCCAUUAUUUUGUCAGUUUAAGUGACGUUUAUUAGAUGACCAGUUGAUGUCAAUCAAGUUAGCGUUAUUGUUAGGAGAUUGAAUGUAAAAUAGUGGGAUUAGUAGGAAUUAGUCAACUGUGAUCUCACUCAAAUUUGAGUGUCUUUAUGAUAAGAAAAUGUGUAUGUGUAUAUAUAUAUAUAUAGAGAGAGAGAGAGAGAGAGAGAGAGAGAGUUAUAUUUACAGCAUAUUUAUAUUUAUAUUCCAAGUCUGAAAUGUUUACUGUUGUGGUCUGAUCAGUAGAGGGCGCCAAUGAGUUUGAUUUCGGAACAGAAUUCAGGAACUUGUUACCUCAUAUUACUGCCUCCAGUAUUAGUACAGAACAAUGCUAUAAUGAUAUUAGUAAAAUAUAUAAACAUAUAUUCAUCAUAUUUUUAAUAAUUGUUUUAUAAAGAAUGGUUGCAAUCUAGCCAGGGUAAACUGAUCAGAGAUCAGUGUAAAAACUAACCAUGAUCCGUUCUGAGGAUUUGUUACACAUUCCAUUUGCUGCUGGUGAAGAUUAUACUUGAUCAAGUUAUUAUUAUUAUUAUUAUUAUUAUUAUUAUUAUUAUUAGAGGUAGUAUUAGUAGUAGUACUAUUAUUAUUCACUAUAUUUAUUGACCAGCAUCUACUUGUGUUAUAUUUGAGUAUUCAAAACCUUAUCAUUAUGAAACGGGUAAAUAUUUCAUUAUUCUUGACGUUUAUGUUGGUAAUUAAGAUUUUUGUUUUUUUCUUAAUUACUGCCUGUUCAUGGACUUUUAAUGUACAUUUAAACGUGUACUGUAGUAUUCAUUAGCAAUGUGGUAAGUUUGUAAGAUUUCUAUCACGUUUGUGUUUGUAAGAGUUGCUUUUGUGUUGUGAGAAUAGUCUUAGUACUCAGUUACAGAUAAAGAAUGUGAUAAACUGUGGUAAUUAAUGGUUGUUGAUUUCAGGAUAAACAUGUUGAUUUGCUCGUUUCUCAAUUGUGCUACUAGUGUCAAAAAUGUAAACUGUUAAUAAAAAUAGUUCUAGCUAAUAAUUGUGGAU